GCAAGACGAGCUGUCCUAUCAGCCAUGGCUGCAGUGGUGUGUACUUACAGAAUAUGCGGUCUGAUCGAGACAAGGUCUAACGAGUAUUCUAGCCCCUGGCGACCCGAUCCAUCCAAGUCUGCCCCAGAACUUCUCUCCACCUAUACUCCGCGAGAUUUGCAAAACCUCGAACGGUUUUCUCGGAAAGGAGGCCCGGAUCUUUCAAAUCUUAGAGGAGUAUGUUUUCUGGCCGACUGUAGAGUUCGAUGCUGAUUUUCUCCGGCUAGUGCUGGUGUCCUGACGGAUAUCCAGGCACGAUGGACCCGUCGUCCACAUAUCACCAGGAAACCACGUCGACGGAUUCGAUAAUGACAGCGUACAGCCCUAACUUCAUAAAGCAUUUGGUUGCCAACGGGAUCUACCCGGCGGGUUACAAGCCCCCCGAUGGUCAGCAGCUACCAAAACCGAUUAAUCUUGCAAUGCUCAUCAAAAUUCUCUCCCAAGAACGGCCGUCCAGCCCACCAGUCUCCGAAGGAAAGUAUGCAGAGUUCAUGGCUGCAACCACCGAGUGCGACCUGGACGAAAAUGUCACGGAGUUGACGAGGAAAAUCACUCGCCUGAUUGAAGGGACAGACGGUGCUGACUCGGUAUGCACCCGUGGAUUUGUGUUCACCAACUUUGCAGACUUAACCGACGGGACUAUUGGGAAAGCGAAGCCAGGUUCUGUGGCCGGGGCCCGCGCUGAACAGCUGGAUUCCGAGAUCCGCGCUUUCUUGAACAAGUAUGUCGAACCCUCUACAUGCCACAAUCUAAUCGUCCCCAACUUCUUCUUCGAUGCGAAAGGGCCAUCGACCAGCCCUACGUCCUUCCUGGGCCGAGCCUGUUAUGGGGGUGCCUUAGGAGCCCGGGGGAUCCAUGCCCUCCAGUCCUUGGGGCAAGGAGAACCUGCUUUCGACGGGAAUGCGUACACCAUCAGCGCGACGUUCGGACGUCGAGUGCUCACACUAUACGCCCACCACCCCAUCAAGUCCGCAGGCGACGGUCGCACCGAGUAUGUGAUGACUGAAAUCUGUUCAUAUGACCUGUUAUUCGGCCUGGAAUCCUAUGAAAGAGGCGUCGCGGCAUAUCAAAACGCCAGAGACUGGGCCAAGCAGAUGCGCGAUGGGCUCAUAAUCGCGGCAAAUCAAAGAAAGGCAAAUAUACCCAAUCUGCUGACAUCUGCAUCGAGCGUAGCGAAGGAAGAAGACGCGACCUCGGAUUUGGGAAUUAACAAGGCGCAGUGGGAGGCGAUACAGGCACGCCUACCCUGGCGUCUAUAAGAAAGCACGGAGGGGGUAGUAGUCUCGGGACCUUGUGCUUUGGAGGUGUGAAAGUUGAUGCAUGUUGGGUAGUACA